AUGGCGAAACAAGGGCAAGAAGCAAUGAAAAAGGCACUUCAAAAUGCCAGAGGAGCUGGACUUGGAUUGGGACUAGUAGCCGCAGCCGGAGCAGCGGUCUAUGGAAUCUCACAAUCGAUGUUCACUGUCGAAGCUGGACACAGAGCAAUCAUGUUCAACAGAAUUGGAGGACUUUCGACGGAUUUGUACAAAGAAGGACUCCACUUCAGAGUCCCAUGGUUCCAAUACCCAGUUGUUUACGAUAUCCGUGCCAGACCAAAUGUGAUCCGCUCACCUACCGGAUCCAAAGAUUUGCAAAUGGUCAAUAUCGGACUUCGUGUUUUGUCUAGACCAAACCCAGAACAACUCGUUCAUAUCUACAGAACGCUCGGACAGAACUGGGAAGAGCGUGUCCUCCCAUCCAUUUGUAACGAAGUUCUCAAGGGAGUUGUUGCCAAGUUCAAUGCAUCGCAGCUCAUCACUCAACGUCAACAGGUUUCAAUGUUGGUUCGCAAGGCUUUGAUUGAGCGUGCACUCGACUUCAAUAUCAUUCUCGAUGACGUUUCAUUGACUGAACUGGCUUUCUCUCCACAAUACUCAGCUGCUGUCGAAGCUAAGCAAGUUGCUGCUCAGGAAGCCCAACGAGCUUCUUUCUAUGUUGAACGUGCUAAACAAUCGAAACAGGAAAAGAUUGUCCAAGCUGAAGGAGAAGCAGAGUCCGCGAAGCUCCUCGGAGAAGCAAUGAAGAACGACCCUGGAUUCUUGAAACUCAGAAAAAUUCGUGCCGCCCAAAAGAUUGCUCGGAUUGUUUCAGAAUCUGGAAACAAAACUUACCUCCCGACUGGAGGUUUGAUGUUGAACAUCGCCGACGACGACUACCUGGACGUUGCUGGUGCUGGCAAAAGACGUUAA